ACUUUACACACGUGCAUGCAUUUAUCUCUUUCUCUCUCUCUCUCUCUCUCUCGUUUUCUUGCUCGCUCGUUCGCUUUUCUCGCUCUUCCUCACAUAUAAGAAGGGAGAGGGGAUUGAAGUGGAGGAGCGAGAGCGAAAGACGAAGACGAGCAAAGGCAAGUCGGAAAGCAGCGCGAACGUGCGGAAGAGUGGCAGUGAGUGUCGGCGUAGAGCGAACGAGCGAACGAGCGACGAGCUAGGCGAGCGUGUGCGGUGGUGGUGGUUGGCGACUGGUGCCGUGGACGGACGGACGGACGGUCGGUCGGUCGGUCGGUCGGUCGUUCGUUCGGUCGGUCGGUCGGUCGUUCGGUCGGUCGGUUGGCGGUCGGACUGUGAUUGUGUGCAAGAAUAGAAGGAAAAACGGAAGAGGAAGUGCAAAAUUUGCGGAGUGCACUGUGCUGGCUACGGUGUGACAGACGAAAGAAGUUAGGUUUUUGUGUGGAGUUCAGCUUGUCGACGGCUCGUCUGAAAAGGGAGAUUAUCGUCAUCGCCGUCAUAUCUAAGGGAUCUCGCGCGCGCCUACGCGGACCGAAAUAUCGAGGAAUAUCUCCCCCCUCCCCCGUGUAUAUUUUAUCUUCUCUUUUUCUUAUUCUAAUCACGAGAAACCCAUUGUGCGAAAGACGAGUUAAGGGACGACGACGACGACGCGUGGAAAUCUAACCAAAAGAGGAACGUGUCACGAAAGGCACAAUGUCCGACCGAGAGAGCCUGGACGAUCAGCCACAAAAGUAUGGGAAUCCAGGCGGAUUGGAUGCUGGAGGUGCUGACUUUGAUUCUGGUCAACAAGGUCAGCAGAGUGAACAGGAACUGGCAACGAAAAUGUUACAAAUUCAAAGUAAAAGAUUCUACCUUGACGUAAAACAAAACAGACGUGGAAGAUUUAUCAAAGUUGCCGAGAUUGGAGCGGAUGGGAGAAGAAGCCAAAUUUAUCUGGCACUCAGUACAGCAUCCGAAUUUCGGGACCAUCUGUCGACAUUUAGCGAUUUUUAUGCAUCUUUAGGUCCACCAAAUCCGGAAAAUGUGCCAGAUGAUGGAAAACUCAAAUCAGAAAUGAUGGUGAAGGAUAAUAGACGAUAUUACUUGGACCUCAAGGAGAAUUCUCGCGGCCGUUUCCUGCGGGUGAGUCACCCUGUAUCACAAACGAUAACGCGGGGUGGACCUAGAACUCAAAUUGCAAUACCAGCGCAAGGUAUGAUAGAGUUUCGUGACGCACUAACAGAUCUUCUUGAAGAAUUUGGGACAGAUGAUGGUGGCUUCAAAGGCGAUUUGCCGGAGGGUCGUUAUAUGCGCGUGGAUAGCAAGAAUUUCUAUUUUGAUAUUGGCCAGAACAAUCGUGGCAUCUACAUGAGAAUUUCUGAGGUAAAAACGAACUUUAGGACAGCCAUCACUGUACCAGAAAAAUCCUGGGCUCGUUUUCGUGAUAUUUUCGCAGAUUAUUGCGAGAAGAUGAAGGAAGGCGGCGGUGGUGUCAGCAGCAGCAGCAGUGGUGGUGGAGGAGGAAACGUAUUGUCCGAGGGGAAAGGCUCGGUGGCGCAGGUACCAUCGCCAUCCUCGAAUACGCAGCCUAAUCCCAAUCCAAAUUUAGAUUCUCCCCUAAUCAAGUGAAAAAGGCUUUAACUUAACUCGAACAUUUGGGAAUUAUAACUCGUAAACUCGUUUUCAAGUCAUUAAGCGAAGUAACGGAACUUGUCAAAGUCUAUGCCAUCGUCGUCAUCGGCUAUGACAUCGACAGUCGGUCAUCGGCAUUACCGGUAUAAUCAUCGUUACGUCGUCAUCGAGACCAUUUAUCGCCAUUAUCACCGUCGGCAAAUCAUUGCCAUCGUCACACGUCGCAUCAUCACACUUGCCACUAAGCGCAAACACCAAAAUUCGCCUGAAAUAUGAUCAUUGUAUCGCAGAGAAUAUCAACCGAUUGUUGAGUAUAUUCAUACAAUCAGAUUUGAUAAAAGAAAAAAAAAAGACAAAACCGGAUGCGUGACAUGGUUAUUAAUAUAAAAUUGUUAGAACGUAAAGACAAGGAAGACAGGAAAAGAAAGGGGCUAAAUGAUGAUGACGAUACGUGUGUGUAUGUGUGUACGUAUGCGUGUGCGCGCGUACGUGUUGCAUGUAUCUGCGUGUGUGUACGCGUGUACGUGCGCGUGCGGAGGGAAAAUGGUUCACUGCCGCUCGUGCGACUAACACAGAAUAGAUAAUACACAUUUUAAAAAAAGAGAAAGAAACAAAAAAUGCAACGGAAAAUCGAGAGUAUGAUUAUCGAGCGAUUAUCUUUUUAGGCGAACACGAGUUGCCAUUGAUUAACGUUAUGAGUACUACCGUUCAUUUCCUGUCUCCAUAUAGACGCAUAUUUGUUUGGUUUCACUAAUUUUCGUAUUGUACAUUAUUCUUUUAAUCUUGAGCGUUUAGACACGCACACGCAUUCUGCAUUUUACGUGUAUGAGUUGGACGGAUGAGAAUUUUAAACGGGAAAUGAACUGUAGUGUAGAUCACGUUGCAAUUGAAUUUGAUCGUUCAGAAUUUAUGAAUAAAUAGUUGUUAUAUUAACGAUUAUAUCACGAGUAAGUGUAAAGGAGAAAUUGUGUGAGUUGUCGCGAGAGAAAAAAAGGUAGAAACAAAGAUCUAUUGUAUCUAUGUAGGCAGUAUGUGUGUAAGUCUCUUUCUUCGAUUUAAUCGAGGAAAGAUCUCAAGGUCGCUGGUAGCUUUGGCGAAUAUUUGUCGAGAAAAUGUCGCAAAUUGGAUAUAAAUAAAAUGUUGCUAAGUGCGAUUUCAUUACUUUUGUUUGACGGUGCGAUUUAUUACUGUAAUAAAUUAUUAAGUUGAACAAAAAAAGUAUAUAUACAUAAGAAGAAGCAAAAGAAUAAAAAUAAAGAUCGCAUCUUUUAUUCUAAUAUUUAUAUUACUGUCUGCAUCACACGAUAUCGUACAUUUAUUUGAAAUCUGAACAUCUCUAUUAAAAAUAAACCUCACACACACACACACACACACACACACACACAAAACAUGGGUGAAAAAGAAUGAAAAGAUGCUAAACGAGAAAAUACGAAAUCAUUAAUACAUAUUAAUAUGUAUAUUACACAAAAUUCAUUAUAUAUUGCGGUUUCUUUUGUGAAUUUGUAUGAAAAGUACGCAUACAAUCAUACAUACAUAAAAGCUUUCAGAAAAUGCAAGAAGCGCACACACACACACACACACACACACACACACACACACAACAUAAGUACACUUAGAGAAAAGUAUUCUGUAACUAUAAUUGAAUAUAAGAAAUAAUUGUAGUUUGAAAAUCUUAUUUUAAAGUUAUCACUACUAUAAUGUUAAUUAUAGCAGUAAUAAUAAUGUACAAUGUAUUACACUGACUUAAAAGAUGAUUGUAAUUACCAUUUUAUGUAUGUGGAGUUGGCAUCAAAAAUGAUUAAUUUAUAAUCAUUUUUUGUGCCAAUUGUAUUUAUAUUAUGGUAAUUACAACCAUUCUUUUUUCGUAAUAUUGUAUGUUACUAACAUUGAACUAGUAAUAAUUGUAAGAAUGGAUUUCUAACUUUAAUUAUUUUACUCGUUCAAUUAUAAUCACAAAUACCAAUAUUUUUCUCUCAGUGUGCAUACAAUAUUUGUAUACAAACUUGAAUGACAAACAUGCAAUUUCGGCACUUUCCACUGAAAAUCCACAAAAUAACGGUAAUCGUAUUUCACCAUGAAAAUUGUAUAAUUCCAUCGUAAAGAAUGAACGAUACAAGAAAUGGUGUGUACGUGUAUGUUAUUAAGUUACAUAAAAAUUCACAUGCGAUGAUCAACUUCUAAUACAAUUGCAUAUUAGGUAUGUAUUAUAUGAAUGCAUAGUAGGUAUUUAUAUAGAAUCUAUGUAGCUGUAUAAUUGUAAUGAAAUGCCAAUGUCCGCGGACCUAGGCAGCUGUGCGAAUCCGACGAUGUAUGAUUAAUUAAAUUGGGAAUCAUGUUGUUAGACCUACAAUUGCUUAGGCCCCUCCUGCCGGACACAGGAAGAAAGAUAAAGUUAUAUCGAACGAUAUACAAAAAAGGAGAAGUAAUAUUUCAAAACAGUCGAGACUGAGAGAACAAGGAAGUAGAAUAACACAAUCGAGUUAUCUUCCAAAAAAAGGGAAUCUUAACAUGUUUCAGUUCUGCAACGUUAUACUAAUGUCAAUAAUGAUAAAUAUACAAUAUCCUUUCGCUUUUGUUUCUCUUCCAAAUAAACAAAUUGAUCGAAAUCUAUACAUUAUUCGCACUGGUGCGAAUAAAUAACAAGCAACGUGUAUAAAAAAAGAAAAAAGCACAUAGAUACAUAUUAAAAAGAAAACCUAAUUGGAAAUAAGCAUAUUUAAUUGAAUUGAGUGCAUAAUCAUUUUCGAGAGAGAAUAUAUGAAUAAAAUUUUAUUUAUUUUAUAGCGAUAAACUUAUUUCGAUUUAAAAAGUUAUUUUUUAUUUGCAUUUUUUUUCUAAAAUUGCGAUUUCGGCUGGUCUGAAUUUAAUUAGCAUGUAAGUUUCGAUGAAUAUAUUAAAUAUAAAUUAUACAAUAACAAAUUUUCAAACACGCACGAGUGGAUAAAACAUUAAAACAAAAACUUCGAAGUUUUAUCCGUUAUAAUUUAUAUUUUUUCAAUUUAAUUUUCGUUCUAGCAUCUUUUAAACAUUACUGUGAUUCACACACACACACACACACACACAUACACACACACACACACAUACACACACGCAUGCAUAUGGAAUGAAUAGAUUGAAAUUAUCCAAUCUCCAAUAAAUCCUAAAAGAUAUGAAUGUCUUACUAAAAUGUUUCAGAUUAAAUUUACUUAAUUUUAAGUAUAAAUCUAUGAUAUCAACAUAAUAUUGCGUUAGAUAAAAGCAGAAUAUUUCGAGGUUUUUCUAAAUUAUUGAUAUUUUUAAAAAUAAAUUAUAUCUAUAUAUUUUUUAAAUAUAAAUAUCAAAACUAUCAAAAAAUAAAAUUAUUAAUAUAAAUAAUUAUCAAUAAUUUUAUCCUAUACAUUUUAAUCAAGAGAGAGUAGUAUUUUAUACCAACUAAACGCGCAGCGUAAGAAUUUAUUACUCCCUAUAUAAAACAUGAAAUAUCUCGUAAACCAUUUAUUUUUUAAUAACUUUAUCUGAAUAAUUUUGUAUAAUGAUGAAUGUAAAAUUACGAAAAGUAUCGAUUGAUAUUAAAAAUAAUGUAAUAAAAUAAUUACAUUUUUAAUAAAAGUACAUUUGCUUAUUGCACUUGCAUUGUACCUGCAAAAAAUAAGAUCAUUAACUGAGUUUUGUUAUUCUAUGUGUAAAAUACAAAAUAUUAAGCUAAAGAUAUUGAAAAAUAACGACUUUAUGAGAUGUUUUAACUUUGCAUUAGAAUACAUAUUGAGGUGAAAAUAAAUAUUUUGUAUUCAUUUUUCAAUAAUUUAAUAUCUCUACGCAUGACUAAUAAGAAGAAUCCGAUUUAUAUACACGCGAUUUUUAUAUAAAACGCGAUUUAAUUUCAAACAACUGAGAUACUCUUCGUAUCUGGAACAAAAUUGUUCUAACUACAAAAUUGUUUCCUUUGAAGUUAGCAAAUUUUAUCAAAUACUUAUUUUAUAUUAUUUUAAUUCAUAUUUUAUAAGGAUUUAUUGGUAAUGAUAAUUUCUAGUAACUCACCCUGUGUGUACAUGUGUGUACAUCUAACAUAUGUUGACAAUCUUUUUUACAUGAUCAUACUUUAUAUUCAUUUUUUAUCACCAAAUUUAAUUGAUUUUUUUUUUCAAGGGUGGAAUGGGAUCAGAAUUAUUUGUGCAGAAAUAUUGUACAGUAUUCAAAGGAACGUUGUAAAAACAAGAAUGGCAAAGAAAAGUCAUAAGAAAAUCGUUCAAGAUGGCACAGAUGGUAUGAUAUUGUGAUCUAUACAAGUUACAAAUCACAAAGCAUCCAUAAGUAGUAAAUAUUUAAGAUAUAAAUAUAUACAUAGACACACACACACACACACACACACACACAUAUAUCCUUCUAUGGUGACUAGAGAAAGGUGAAGACACUGUCUUAUUAAAUGAAUACGCGCAAUAGCGCGUACGAAACACAAAUGUGUUAUUAACAAGUGAGGACAACUACAAACGUACCUAACUAAAGCAGAAAAAUAAAAUACAGAGAAAGAAAAAACAAAUAUAAAGAAAAACGUAAAUGAAGAGAUACCGUCUCAUGUGUGUAAGAAUAAACAAAGUAAUAUAAAAUAAAUGAAAGAAGAAAAAACAUGAUGCUCCUGCCACGCAGCGAGUCUUUAGACAGCUUUAAGAGAAUAAUUAUAAAUAAUAAAACAAUUAUUAAAUAAUUACGAUGAACUUUCUAUAUGUUGAAUCGUGUCUAGUGAGAGAAGUACUAUCAAAGUAAAGCAACACAAAAAAAUAUGAAUACUACUAUUGCCACACGUAAAUUAAAUGCAUUUUAUAUGACUAUUGAUUAGUUAUUUCUGUCGGAUGUUCUUUUGUUUUCUUUUGUUUUCCUUUUUUAUUUUCUUUGGUAAUACAUGUAACAAAGAGAGGAUAGUUACGGAGUAGCUUUUAGUGUUUCGUUUACUGUUUUACAAACAUUUUAUGAACAUUGCGCAAUUGGAGAACGAAGGAUCUUUUUUGCCGGGGUGUUAUAACGCGUCUGCAAGGAAAUGCCAGAGUUCCAUAUACUUUGUGUUUUUAUAUAUUUGAUUACAUACACCACCACUGUUAUCCAUUGUCACGCGCUAUUAUUGUCACGUAGAAUUUUUAUAGGUAUGAUGCGUAGCGGGCGACAGUUAUGUGUAGCGACCAACACACCAACAUUUGCGCUCUAAAUAGGAUUGCGAUCUAUGUCUUUUGUUGCGGGACGACUCGUCAAUCGCGAUAUCUUUCUCGCUGCGCGAAGUUAUGAUUUGUAUCGUAAAAAAAAUUAAGAAUGAAAACCGCAUCGUUGCUGCGAUUAUUCUUAUUCUUAUUGUCAUUAUUAUUAUUACGAUUAUAUUGUCAUUAUUCUUAAUAUUACGAUUAUUCUUCUUAUAUUAUCACUAUGAUUAACUAUUAAUACUUUAUUAUCAGAACACUAGUUGUGUACUGAUAUCAUUAAUUAUAGUGAGUUAUGAUGAAUCGAUCUUAGAGUGGACCGAUUCUUUUUUGUUUCUUCCUUUAACAUUUAUUAUGAAAAUGUUUAGUUGAGUUUGAAAUUCAAUAGCUUCUUUCCGUUCAUCUUCUUAUUUUUCUCAUUCUCAACUUGGAUUUCAAUCACAAAUCUUCCUUCUCUCUUCUCGUCUGUAUUAAAGUAAAAAGAUUUCCUUUCCCAUUUUUUUUGACUUGCAUUCCGUUCAUUUUGAGUAGUUUGAAAUUCUGGUCUUUAGAAUUGAGUAUUAUGUCACAAAAGAGAAAAGAGGGAAACGCGUAAUAUUGAUAAAUGUGCGAACUGAAAAGAAAAAUAAAGAGAAAAGGAGAGAACCAUUUCGACAUCGUUAAAUUAGACAUUACUUAGAUUCAGCAAUUGAGCAUAUCGAGCAGAGUUAAUUAUCUUUCGGCGCGUUGCGUUUUCCUUUUUUUUCUCCUCCUGGCACGCUCUCGCGUGUGUGCAUGCGUGCGUGAAUGUUAAAUUUGUGUACAUGUGUAAGCUCGACAAUCGAAAACGAGCGAGCUAUUCUUUGUAAGGCGAGACAAGAGAUUGAGAAAAAGGAAAGCCAAUCGCAAGGACGAUGCGCCGUUGAACAUGUCAACCCUGCGAUCCAUAAGGAAAUUAUAUCGCAGAUAUAAUACGUGUCCUUGCGAAUUAUUACAUUAAAUCAAUAGGGUAUGAGAAUCAAAGUUUGUUGUUGCAGAAAAACAAUGAGAAUUACUGCGAUUGGCCUUUGUAUGUCAUUUGAUUUAUUAAAGGUAACAAUCUGUUGCAAACUUUCAAACUUUUUCAUCUUCCCACAUGCACGACACGAGUUCUUUUCAAGCGUCCGUCACGUGGUGCAUCCGAUUAAAAUGAAAUCUCAUCAUUCUGUUAUUUCGCAACACAUCGCGUAAAACAUUUUCUUAUGUUGUAAGAUGAAAUUGCCGUCGUAAAGUAUGAUUUAAAAUUCGAUAAAAUCUUUACAUUAAGCGCAAAAACACAUGCAUUUGCGGUGCAUCGUCCUCGGUAUAAAGAACUGUUAUGCAAACAGAUACUAAAGAACAUUUAACGUGGGAAGAGAA